CAAAUGAGUAGAAAUGUUCUUUACAACGUGCCAAGUUUCUUGAUUAUAAUUUGUUUUGUGGAUACCUCGUCCAGUUUCCUUUGUUACAAUUGUUCCUCCACCCAUCGCAGCUGGAAUCAAUGCGGUGGAGCUUUUACCAAGCCGCCAAAUACAUUUAACAACAGCCGCCAUUAUUUGAUCAACUGCACUGGAGAAAAUUCGAUGUGUUUUGUGCGAUCAUGGGCAGCCCGCGCGAAGCGUUAUUGGAUAGUGCAGAGAGGUUGUUAUCAAAUCGGCUCGGACGAUCCUUUUCCAAGAGCUAUGAUUACACCGAUGAGAGCUAUGACUUGUAAAUAUGAACGACUUCCCGAAGCAGAAUAUAAAGUGUGUUUCUGCAAUGCUAAUUGGUGUAAUUCAGCAUAUUUAUAUAAAAACCCUUAUAAAUAUAAAAAAAAUCUAUUAAUGUCAUUGUUAUAUAUCUUGCCUCUUAUUUUAUAAUUGUUCACAAGACCAUGUUAUUUGUUAUAUACCUAUGCACGCAAGCGCGCAGUAUACAUUUAAAAUCUUGUAAAGGGGUGACUACGGAAGUAAUGAACUGUUUGUUAUUCUUGAUUUUCUAUGAGCUGUGUGGAUUGCAAUAAACGUUGACUUUAUAGGUUUAUAAACAGCUUUCACUUUAUCUUAGUUGCCUGUGUCUUUCUACGAAAAGGAUGGUAAGAAAUGUGUGUGUUAGUGGGCCGCGUCCGCUGCGCCGCAUACAUCUUUUUUUGUAGACACAUGUCAAUCUAAGCCUACAUACUUUUAUUUUAU